CCCUGCAGUCACACUUUUCGGUCGGCGUUGUCCGCGUUUUCACAUCGCAUCGCGUCUAAAAAACGGGGUAAUUCGCAUUCGCAACCGCCUGUAGCGACCGAUAGUUAAAGAAUGCACGGCCAGGGUGCUAGCAACAAACUGUGAUUGUUUACCCAGCCUUGUUUUUGGCCAUCCGUGUCGUGCGAUCUCCUCCUUUUCCUCUCCCAGCCGUUUCGUUUCCCUUGUCUUUCGCACGAGGUGAAAAGUGUGACGACGCAGCAGAAAACGCAAAACCAAAGUAGGGGAAAAAACCACUUUCUGUCGCCAGUGGCUCUGCCGGUCUAGUGGCCACCACCACCGCCGACGACCAGGAUGAGCACCACCACGGAUUCGAAGGCGCCACUGCGCCAGGUGAAGCGCGUACAGUUUGGCAUUUUGUCACCUGAUGAAAUUCGUCGAAUGUCCGUCACCGAAGGUGGCGUCCAGUUUGCGGAGACGAUGGAGGGCGGACGUCCGAAGCUGGGCGGAUUGAUGGAUCCGCGCCAGGGCGUAAUAGACAGGACCUCGCGCUGUCAGACGUGCGCCGGCAACAUGACCGAGUGCCCCGGACACUUUGGACACAUCGACCUGGCCAAACCAGUGUUCCACAUCGGCUUCAUCACCAAGACAAUCAAGAUUUUGCGAUGUGUGUGCUUCUACUGCUCCAAAAUGCUGGUCUCGCCGCACAAUCCGAAGAUCAAGGAGAUCGUGAUGAAGUCCAAGGGACAGCCGCGUAAGCGCCUGGCCUACGUCUAUGAUCUUUGCAAGGGUAAGACGAUUUGCGAGGGCGGCGAGGACAUGGAUCUCACCAAGGAGAACCAGCAGCCAGAUCCAAACAAAAAGCCCGGCCACGGCGGUUGCGGUCACUACCAGCCGUCUAUCCGGCGAACAGGACUGGAUCUCACGGCCGAGUGGAAGCAUCAGAACGAGGAUUCGCAGGAGAAGAAGAUUGUGGUCUCGGCGGAGCGUGUUUGGGAAAUUCUCAAGCAUAUCACCGACGAGGAGUGCUUUAUUCUGGGCAUGGACCCCAAAUAUGCGCGUCCCGAUUGGAUGAUCGUGACUGUACUGCCUGUUCCACCGUUGGCCGUGCGACCCGCAGUUGUGAUGUUCGGUGCAGCCAAGAAUCAGGACGAUUUGACGCACAAGCUGUCCGAUAUCAUCAAAGCAAACAAUGAGCUGCGUAAGAACGAGGCCAGUGGAGCGGCGGCGCACGUGAUCCAGGAGAACAUCAAGAUGUUGCAGUUCCACGUCGCGACGCUGGUGGACAACGAUAUGCCCGGCAUGCCCAGGGCUAUGCAAAAGUCGGGAAAACCCCUCAAAGCCAUCAAGGCGCGUCUCAAGGGUAAGGAAGGUAGGAUUCGUGGCAAUUUGAUGGGCAAACGUGUGGACUUCUCCGCUCGUACUGUCAUCACACCCGAUCCAAAUCUGCGUAUCGAUCAGGUCGGUGUACCGCGUUCCAUUGCCCAGAAUCUGACCUUCCCCGAGCUGGUCACUCCCUUCAACAUCGAUCGCAUGCAGGAGCUUGUGCGCCGAGGUAACUCACAGUACCCGGGUGCCAAGUACAUUGUGCGCGACAAUGGCGAGCGUAUUGAUCUUCGCUUUCAUCCGAAAUCCUCUGACCUACAUCUGCAGUGCGGCUACAAGGUGGAGCGGCAUUUGCGCGACGACGAUCUGGUGAUCUUCAACCGACAGCCCACGCUGCACAAAAUGAGUAUGAUGGGUCACAGGGUGAAAGUGCUGCCCUGGUCGACGUUCCGCAUGAACCUCUCGUGUACAUCGCCCUACAAUGCCGAUUUCGACGGCGAUGAGAUGAAUUUGCACGUUCCGCAGUCCAUGGAGACGCGUGCCGAGGUGGAGAACAUUCAUAUCACACCCAGACAGAUCAUCACUCCGCAGGCGAACAAACCCGUCAUGGGUAUCGUGCAGGACACUCUGACUGCGGUGCGAAAGAUGACCAAGCGCGAUGUAUUCAUCACGCGCGAGCAGGUGAUGAAUCUGCUCAUGUUCCUGCCCACGUGGGACGGUAAAAUGCCACAACCAUGCAUCCUGAAACCGCGUCCCCUGUGGACGGGCAAACAGAUCUUCUCCCUGAUCAUCCCCGGCAACGUGAACAUGAUACGCACGCAUUCCACGCAUCCGGACGAGGAGGACGAUGGACCGUACAAGUGGAUCUCGCCCGGUGACACCAAGGUAAUGGUGGAGCACGGCGAACUUAUCAUGGGCAUUCUCUGCAAGAAGACCCUGGGUACUUCAGCCGGAUCGCUGCUACAUAUUUGUUUCCUUGAACUUGGUCACGACAUCGCUGGCCGGUUUUAUGGCAACAUUCAAACCGUGAUCAACAAUUGGCUGCUACUCGAGGGCCAUAGUAUUGGUAUUGGUGACACCAUUGCCGAUCCGCAGACCUAUAACGAGAUCCAGCAGGCCAUCAAGAAGGCCAAGGACGACGUGAUAAACGUUAUCCAGAAGGCCCACAACAUGGAGCUGGAGCCCACGCCGGGUAAUACUCUGCGUCAGACAUUCGAGAACAAGGUGAACCGUAUCCUAAACGAUGCUCGUGACAAGACUGGUGGUUCAGCCAAGAAAUCUCUCACUGAGUACAACAAUCUAAAAGCUAUGGUGGUGUCUGGUUCCAAGGGUUCCAACAUUAAUAUCUCACAGGUUAUUGCUUGUGUGGGUCAGCAGAACGUGGAGGGUAAGCGAAUCCCCUACGGUUUCCGCAAGCGCACUCUUCCCCACUUUAUCAAAGACGAUUACGGUCCUGAGUCCCGUGGUUUCGUGGAGAAUUCGUAUCUUGCUGGCCUGACUCCCUCUGAGUUUUAUUUCCACGCCAUGGGUGGUCGUGAGGGUCUUAUCGAUACUGCUGUAAAGACAGCUGAAACCGGUUACAUCCAGCGUCGUCUUAUAAAGGCUAUGGAGUCGGUGAUGGUAAACUACGACGGUACAGUGCGUAACUCCGUGGGUCAACUGAUUCAGCUGCGUUACGGCGAGGACGGUCUGUGUGGCGAGCUGGUGGAGUUCCAGAAUAUGCCCACGGUGAAACUGUCGAACAAGGCGUUUGAAAAGCGCUUCAAAUUUGACUGGAGCAACGAGCGAUACAUGAGGAAGGUAUUUACGGACGAUGUGAUUAAGGAGAUGACCGACAGCAGCGAAGCCAUUCAAGAACUGGAGGCAGAGUGGGAUCAUUUGGUUGGCGAUCGCGACAGUUUGAGACAAAUCUUUCCCAACGGCGAUUCCAAGGUGGUACUGCCGUGCAACCUGCAGCGUAUGAUCUGGAAUGUACAGAAGAUCUUCCACAUCAACAAGCGCCUGCCCACGGAUCUGUCGCCUAUGCGUGUGAUCAAGGGCGUCAAGGGAUUACUAGAAAGGUGUGUCAUUGUCACGGGAAAUGAUCGUAUUUCCAAGCAAGCCAACGAGAACGCCACGUUGCUAUUCCAGUGCCUAAUCCGCUCGACACUGUGUACGAAAUACGUGUCAGAAGAGUUCCGUCUGUCCACAGAGGCAUUUGAGUGGUUGAUCGGAGAAAUCGAGACGCGUUUCCAGCAGGCGCAGGCCAAUCCCGGCGAGAUGGUGGGCGCCCUGGCUGCCCAGAGUUUGGGUGAGCCCGCUACUCAGAUGACACUGAACACCUUCCAUUUCGCUGGUGUGUCUUCAAAGAACGUAACACUGGGUGUGCCGCGUCUCAAGGAGAUCAUCAACAUAUCCAAGAAACCCAAAGCUCCGUCGCUAACCGUUUUCCUUACUGGCGGUGCUGCCCGCGAUGCUGAGAAGGCCAAGAACGUACUGUGCCGCCUGGAGCAUACCACGCUGCGCAAGGUAACGGCCAACACGGCUAUUUACUACGAUCCGGAUCCGCAGAGAACGGUGAUAUCCGAGGAUCAAGAGUUCGUAAAUGUCUACUACGAAAUGCCGGACUUUGAUCCCACACGCAUUUCACCCUGGUUGCUACGUAUUGAGUUGGACCGCAAGCGGAUGACGGACAAGAAGCUGACCAUGGAGCAGAUUGCGGAGAAGAUCAACGUGGGCUUCGGGGAGGAUCUUAAUUGCAUCUUCAAUGACGACAACGCUGAUAAGCUGGUGCUGCGCAUUAGGAUCAUGAACAACGAGGAGAACAAGUUCCAGGACGAAGACGAGGCCGUCGACAAGAUGGAGGACGACAUGUUCCUGCGCUGCAUUGAGGCCAACAUGCUGUCGGACAUGACACUGCAGGGCAUCGAAGCCAUCGGCAAGGUGUACAUGCAUCUGCCACAGACCGACAGCAAGAAGCGUAUCGUGAUCACUGAGACCGGAGAGUUCAAGGCCAUUGGAGAGUGGCUGCUCGAGACGGAUGGCACAUCGAUGAUGAAAGUGCUGUCUGAGCGUGACGUGGACCCAAUCCGAACAUCCUCCAACGAUAUCUGCGAGAUCUUCCAGGUGCUGGGCAUCGAGGCGGUGCGAAAGUCUGUCGAAAAGGAGAUGAACGCCGUGCUGCAGUUCUACGGCCUGUACGUGAACUAUCGUCACUUGGCCCUGUUGUGCGAUGUAAUGACCGCCAAGGGUCAUCUAAUGGCCAUCACCCGUCACGGCAUCAACAGGCAAGACACUGGUGCCCUUAUGCGUUGCUCCUUCGAGGAGACAGUGGACGUGCUGAUGGAUGCCGCCGCUCACGCAGAAACGGAUCCCAUGAGGGGUGUAUCUGAGAACAUUAUCAUGGGACAGCUGCCCAAAAUGGGUACCGGCUGCUUUGACCUUCUGCUCGAUGCAGAGAAGUGUCGCUUUGGCAUCGAGAUUCCCAACACGUUGGGCAGCAGCAUGCUGGGCGGCGCCGCUAUGUUCAUUGGCGGUGGAUCUACACCGAGCAUGACGCCACCAAUGACGCCGUGGGUUAACUGCAACACGCCGCGAUACUUCUCUCCACCCGGCCACGUGAGUGCCAUGACUCCUGGCGGUCCCAGUUUCUCGCCCUCGGCUGCGUCGGAUGCGUCCGGAAUGUCGCCUAGCUGGUCGCCCGCACAUCCGGGUUCAUCACCCAGUUCACCGGGCCCUUCGAUGUCGCCGUACUUCCCAGCCUCGCCGAGUGUUUCUCCCUCUUAUUCACCAACAAGUCCGAACUACACGGCAUCUUCUCCCGGCGGAGCCUCGCCCAAUUACUCGCCCUCAAGUCCGAACUAUUCGCCGACAUCGCCGCUUUAUGCGUCUGCAAGUCCGCGUUACGCCUCGACAACGCCAAAUUUCAAUCCCCAGUCGACGGGCUACUCGCCAUCUUCAUCGGGAUAUUCGCCAACAUCCCCGGUAUACUCGCCAACGCCGCCCUUCCAGUCGAGUCCGUCGUUUGCGGGCAGUGGUAGCAACAUUUACUCGCCGGGCAAUGCGUACUCGCCCAGCUCGUCCAACUACUCACCAAAUUCACCAUCCUACUCGCCGACAUCACCAUCGUACUCGCCGUCGAGUCCUUCGUACUCGCCAACGUCGCCUUGCUAUUCGCCCACAUCGCCUUCGUACUCGCCAACGAGUCCGAACUACACGCCCGUGACACCUUCAUACUCGCCGACAAGUCCGAACUACUCAGCGUCGCCGCACUAUUCUCCAGCCUCGCCAGCUUACUCGCAGACGGGUGUGAAGUACUCGCCGACAUCGCCGACGUACUCGCCGCCAUCACCGUCGUACGAUGGGUCUCCAGGAUCGCCACAAUAUACGCCAGGAUCGCCGCAGUACUCGCCUGCUUCGCCUAAGUACUCGCCGACCUCACCGCUGUACUCACCCAGCUCGCCACAGCACUCACCCUCCAACCAGUACAGCCCAACAGGAUCGACAUAUUCGGCGACGAGCCCACGAUACUCGCCGAACAUGUCCAUCUACUCGCCGAGCAGCACCAAGUACUCGCCCACCUCUCCAACGUACACGCCCACGGCCCGUAACUACUCUCCCACGUCGCCGAUGUACUCGCCAACGGCGCCAUCACACUAUAGUCCCACGAGUCCGGCCUACUCGCCCAGCAGUCCAACGUUCGAGGAGAGCGACGACUGAGGAAGGGAGGACGGGGGUAGCUCCCCCAGCACGGCCCGAUCCCCGGGACGGUCGAGCCGUAGUUAAGCACCGACUACGAUCAGGCGGUCGAUCGUAGCGGAGAGGGUGAAUUUAACAAUAUCAAGUCUGCAUACAGCUGAUAGGUCUCUCAUAGAUAAUUCAUUACUGUUGGCAUAAGCAGUUUCAAGAAAUUUGUAUAAAUAGGCAAACAGUUUUGAAUUUGGUUUCUGGUUAAGCGUUUAACAGAGAAGUGAAUUCGAAGCCCUUUCUACUUGCACAAAUUGACUCAAGCUACAAUGCUUACACGGUAAUUGAUGAUUCCCUCACCAAAAGGAUGCGAAUGUAAUUCUUGGCACUACCUAUUGUAUGCAAUUGUUUAUUAACUGAAAGUUUCUUGUUACCAUUCUGCAGAGUACUUUCACUUUUUUUUUUACAUCCCUAUUCUUAUGUGGCCUAAAGUUAGAAGCAAGACCCUAGUUAUUAAGGACAACCAGUCGGUAUAACUCAAGUGCGGGAUUUAAAAAAGUCAAGACCAAACACUAUAUCUAGCGUUUUCCAUAUACCAUAAUUCCUAAAUCCUAAUUAACCCGAUCAGUUGUUUUCGUCAGCAAUAUGUUAUCGCUCGCACCCAAAAGUUAUGCCUGCUGCCCAGAAAGUUGCGUAACUACGCAUAAAAGCAUAAGACCGAAGGCAUGCAUACACUACCUAUAUAUUCAUAUAUAUUUUUAUGACCGAAACCUUUUUGUAAAUUAUGACACAAAAAACAAAGUAGAAAAAUAUAAAAAAAAUAAACCCAAAAAAAAAUACUCAACAACA